AAAUAACAUUAAAAAAUUAUUAAUUUUCUUGUGUUUGUGUUGUGCUCAGUUAAAAAAAUGAUAAUACGUCUAGUCUACGUUUUUUAACGUCUACGUCAAUUCUCACAUUUAAUACACAUCUUUAAAAAAUACAGAAACUUUGAAAUUAGUAAAAAGUGAAUAUAGAACGAGUUAUAGUUUUUAAGAAAAUGACAAAUCAACCGAAUAAUAACGUACAAAAAAUCCCUCUUAAAUUAUAUAUACAAGACAUAUUCCGUGCUGCUUCCACAGACAACAAAUAUAUAUACGAAUUAUUCGGUUCGAAAUUUAAAAAUGUAAUGAUUCAUGGUGUUGUUAGCGCUCUAUACAACACUACAAGUUCAACAACAAAUGUAGAACUAAGUGAUGCCACUGGCACUAUACAAAUUUAUUACGACAGCACCAAAAACAACAAUAGUAUUUCACCAAGUAAUUGGAAUGUAUUAACAAAUAAUUACAUUGAUGCAUCCAAAUUUGGCCAUCAUAAUAUAACCAUAAUGUCAGAAUUGAUGGAUAGAAUUAGAAACAAAAAGAAAUCUAUGGGUUUCGAAGAAGGAUCCUUUUUGAGUGUUGUCGGGGAUAUUUUUGUGGAUAGUUCUAAAGGUGUGAGAAUGAUAUCUGCGUAUGAAUGUAAUAUAACCUCGGCAGCGUAUGAUAUAGUUUGGAUGGAGGAACUUAGAUAUCUGUAUGACAAAUUUUAUCUACAGAAUAGAAAAUAAAAAACUGAUUCUUGUACCUAGACUAAAUUAAUUAAAAUUCAUAAUAAAAUGAUA